UCUUCCUCUACACACACGCAGCGGAACUCGUAGCAUUAAGCCCAAGGCGUUGCCCCUCAGAAGACAACAUGAAGUACACUGUGUUUCUUAUGGCUGCAUUUCUUAGCUGUGCUUUUGGGAUAGACACCGUCCCUUCUUUAAAUGUGACAAAAUAUCUUGGACGUUGGUAUCAGAUGUAUGCUGACCCCGCAGUUAUGGAAACUUCUGAGCGAAACGCAGUUUGCGUGACAGCGGAUUAUUCACUCCGGAAAGAUGGAAAAAUUGGAGUUUUGAACAGAGGGAGACUCUAUACACCGACAGGAGAGGAAAGCAGUAUCACUGGUUACGCCUACAUGACCGACCCUAAAGAACCAGGAAAGCUCACACUCCAUCUGGACGGCGUACCUUUCCUCGGUUCAUACUGGGUGGUGAAACUAGGACCCCCUACUUUUGGUGUAGAAGGUCUUUACCAGUACUCUGUUGUCACAGAUAGCACGCAGAUUAUGCUGUUUGUGUUGACGAGAGAUGUAGAAACAUUUAGAAACCAAUAUGACGAGGAAGUGAAAAGCUUUCUGGCGGAAAAUGGCUUUACUCACUUAUAUAACAAGCCUGUGGCCACAUUACAGGACAAGAAAUGUUUGUACGGAGCUAAAAGACCCUCUCCUUAUCAGACAAUGAAAGAAUUUCUUCGAUAUGAAUAGACAAGUCGGUUGUAGCUUUGAAGAUGAAAAGAGGUAUAGGAAUGAAAAAUAAAACAUAUGACUUGAUCUGGUUUGAUUUGCUUCGAUACACCAUAUCUCGACUACAAGCCAGAAAAAAUGUUACAUGAAUCUCGCUUUAAAAUGUGAAAAGACUUAUAGCCAUGAAACGUCUAAGUUUUAAUUCGAUUAGGUUUGAUUAACUCCAUCACUGAGAGCCAUCAAGAAAAUUCUGCUUUUAAGUGUUGUAACCGUUGAAGACGAAAAGAGGAAUGGGCAAGCUUUAUCGCAUCUACGAUCAUAGGUGUUAUAAAAAAUCUCGAUUAGAUAGAAGAUGAAUAGAGAUGGACUAAAUAAACUAUGAUUUCAAUAAUUUGUUGUUAAUUUA